AUGUUGCUGGUUCCGGUCCAGCCAGCAGCAGCUCAUCCUCAGUGUCUGGACUUCGAGCCUCCUUUUAAACCUUCGUGGCAUCUGGAGUUCUGCUCUCAGUACGAGCAGUUCGGCUGCUGCGACCAGAAGACGGACAACUCGGUGGCGGAGAGAUACUGGGACAUUAUCGACCAGCUGGAGACAGCAGGUCAGGAGCUCUGUGCAGACAUGCUGAAGGAAGUCAUGUGCCAGGAGUGCUCUCCAUAUGCCGCCCACCUCUAUGAUGCUGAGGACCCCUACACACCUGUCAGAGAGCUACCUGGCCUUUGCUUUGGCUACUGCUCCAAGUUUCACGGCAAAUGCCGCCACGUGGUUAAAUAUUUAACUGAGAACCGGCUGCUGCAGGACAUGUCUCAGCGAGACGCGUCCACGUUCUGCAGCCUGGUCAACCUGUCCGACCAGGACUACUGCUACCCCAACGUUUUGAAGAGCCCUGACCUCAACAGCAACCUGGGACAGGUGGCGGAGGACCCCAAAGGGUGUCUCCAGGUGUGCCUGACAGAGGUGGCCAACAACCUCAGGAACCCCGUGUUGAUGCUCCACAGCGGCGACGGCACACAUCGCAUGUUCAUCGCCGAGCAGGUGGGCUUCGUGUGGGUUUACCUGCGUGACGGCAGCCGGCUGGAGCAGCCCUUCCUCGACAUGACCGGGGAGGUGAUGACCACGCCCUGGCUGGGGGACGAGAGGGGCUUCCUGGGCAUGGCCUUCCACCCCAAGUACCGGGACAACGGACGCUUCUUCAUUUACUACUCUAUCCAGUUCAACAGUAAGCUGGAGAAGGUCAGAGUCAGUGAGAUGAAGGUGUCGGCCUACGAUAUGAACACGGCUGAUCCGUACUCUGAGAGGGCCAUUCUGGAGAUCGAGGAGCCGGCUGCGAACCACAACGGAGGCCAGCUGCUGUUUGGUCUCGACGGAUAUUUGUACAUCUUUACUGGAGACGGUGGGAAAGCUGGAGAUCCAUUUGGGAAGUACGGCAAUGCACAAAACAAGAGUGCUCUGUUGGGAAAAGUACUCCGCAUUGAUGUAGAUGGAGGUGACCCUGCCGGGAAGCAGUACAGGAUCCCCUCUGAUAACCCGUUCCUCCGUGACCCAGAAGCCCGGCCAGAGGUGUACGCAUAUGGGGUCAGAAACAUGUGGCGAUGCUCUGUGGACCGCGGAGACCCGGCCAGUCGCUACGGCAGGGGCAGGAUAUUCUGUGGAGACGUGGGUCAAAACCGCUACGAGGAAAUUGACAUUAUUGUGAAGGGAGGAAACUAUGGAUGGAGAGCCAAAGAGGGCUUUGAGUGCUAUGACAUCAAACUGUGCCACAACUCCUCCUUGGAUGACAUCCUCCCUAUAUUUGCAUACAGCCAUCAUGUUGGGAAGUCUGUGACAGGUGGAUAUGUGUACAGAGGAUGUGAAUCACCCAAUCUGAACGGCUUGUACAUUUUUGGAGACUUUAUGAGUGGUCGGAUCAUGGCGUUAGAGGAAGAGAAGACGACGGGAAUCUGGAAGGAGAGGAGUUUGUGCAUGGGUGAAACAAAGACGUGCUCGUUUCCUGGACUCAUCAAUCAUCACCACAAGUACAUCAUCUCGUUUGCUGAAGAUGAAGCAGGGGAACUAUAUUUUUUGGCCACUUCGUACCCCAGCGCCAUGUCUCCUCAUGGAACAGUUUUCAAAUUCAUGGACCCGUCCAGGAGAGCUCCUCCAGGGAAAUGUAAGCAGAAGCCGCUGCCUGUCAAAGUGAGGGGGAAAAAGGUUCCUUUUGUGCCGAGGGAAUUGACUGUGCUGGACACCAAUGAAAAGCCUACGAGACCUCCACCAAGAAAAUUCAAACUCACCACCAAACCAGCGGUGACGGGGAGCCACGUCACCACGACAACGACUGCAGCCAGCGUGACGACGACGACCACGACGACAAGAACCGCUGUGAAGCCGAAAUGGAAAUCACUUGAUAAGAAAGCAAUGAAGACAAAUAAGUUGAAACCUUGGAAGAAAAACAAAGUGCUGAACAAGCAGUCGUCUAAAGUACAAACGAUUAAGAAGAACACUUUGAGACAGAAACCUAAAGAACAAUCCAAAAAGACCACUGUGAUGAAGCCAGUCACAGACAAAGUGAAACCAAACACCAAACAAACUGUCAAAGCUGGUUUAAAAAGUAACGCCCUGAAGAAAAACAACAGCCUGAAAGACGGCAAAAACCACACAAGGAAGGUUCCCCUGAGGAAAACUGCACUGCAGCCGAUCGGACAAGAGAGAAACAGCAUAAAGUUGAAAGAACCUGCAAAACAAUAUCAAGCCUUCAUGAACAAAACGAAGACGAACUGGAAUGUGAAAACGAACAGGACGAUGCAAACCAAGUUUCAGGUAAAAAGAAAGCAAGCAAAAAAAGCCAAAGCACUUUAAAAUAUGUAUUUUUGUUAUACUGAGUUUGUAUAUUUUUGUUUGUGAUACAAUCAGUGUUUAAUGUCAUGUUUUAAAGGAAUAGUUUGCUUAUUUGCUUUGCCAAGAGUUAGAUGAGAAGAUUGAUACCCCUCUUUUAGUUUAUAUAUAAGGUCAAUCUUCUCAUCUAACGCUCAGCCAGAUCAUGAAUAAGCGUAUUUUCUACAAUGUUGAACUUUUCCUUUAAAGUACAAAAGCACAGCUGUUUUGCACGCAAUUAUGCAUGUAGGGCACAACACUGUUUCCUUUAUCUUUUAUUUUUUGA